CCACAAGUCUUUACGCAGACUUCUUCGCGGAAAACUCUUCUCUGAGUUCUCCUUCAUAUCUAACAUUACUCUACAUUUUAAUUAUCUCUAUCCUCCGCCAUUCUGUAUUCCCCUCGCAGCCAAGUCCAAUGCGGAGACCUUCUGCAUGCAAACCUUGUCGUGCCCGUCGACGGAAGUGUAAUAUCCCUCAGGGACAGGAGCUUUGCACUUACUGUGCUACUCGUAGCCUCGAAUGCGUCAAGGAACCGCCUUAUGGCGGAUACUACCACAAGGCCCAGCUAUCACACAGCAUACCUAGCCUGCUAAGCCUGCUCACCGUGCCUAGCCCGCAGCCCAGCAGAAGUACCCAACUCAUUGUCGAUGACCGCAGUAGAGCGUUUCCUCCUCUUCCCCUGCGUAUCGAGCUUGUGCAACUUUAUUUCGACUAUAUUCACAAUCAAUUCCACACACUAUUCCACCCCCCAACCUUCAAGCUUGCAGCUGCCGAAGAUCGAGUCCCUGAUGUCCUUUUGUAUCCUAUGUUUGCUUUAUCUGCCAGGUUCUCGAACGAUCGAUUCUUCUGUAACACAAAUCCGCCAGAUCGCGGAGCGAUUUUUCUAGAAGAAGGCGGCAAAAUACUUAAUAUUCGCGAUAAAUCGCUCACUACAGUCCAGGCUUGUGUACUACUAGGAGCGGCUUGCAUUGCGGAUGGGGACGAUGUCUCAGAAAACUUAUACCAUGGUAUUGCCUGCCGUUUAGCACAGCUUCUGGAUCUGCCUAAUUUUCCAGUAUCUUGCCCUCUUGAUCGAGAAAUAAAUAUCCGGGUGUGGUGGUCGCUGUGUAUGGUAGAUGUUUGGUCCUCGACGGCGGUCAAGCUUCCUAAGCUCAUGCCAACUGCGGACGUUUCACUCCCUAUGGAUGAGAUGCACUACCUUGCACUCAGGAAAGAUAGUUCUUCCAGCUUCGUGGGAUCCGAUGGGCUCGACGCUCUUUCACCUCUUGUUUCCGAGAUGAUCAAACUUAAUCGGAUACUUCUUGCUAUCAACGAUUUUAAUGAAGCUUGUGUCAAAGGACAGCCUGAUGGUCUCCUAUUGGAACACGCUGUUCAUGAUCUAAGCAGACAACUCGACGACUGGGCCGGGGCUCUACCAGAAAGUAUGAGAGAUACUCCUGAAAAUUUCUCAUGGUACGCAUCCCAUGGCCUCGGGCGUUCCUUUGCAGCAGUAUAUUUAGGCUACUAUCACUUUGGCCAACUUCUGUUUUACCAGUUUCUACAUGUUGGACCAUAUAAGUCGACACCGUCAGUCAAUGCAUAUGCAGAAAAGUGUAAAGACCACGCGGCCCACCUCUGCGAGAUGAUCUACCGAGCAUUUUCUACUCCCAACUGCGACGUCCUUUACACGAUGGUAGCGCAUGUCCUUGUGAUAGCCUCUACCGUGCAGAUCCACACACUUCUCUUCUCGGGGGAUGAGUCUCAGAUUCGCAUUGCUCAUUCGCGGCUCGAGCAGAACUUUAAAAUCCUUCUUCAUCUUAGAACUUACUGGUCCACCCUCGACAGACCAAUGAUGCGAUUACGUGCAUUCCAUGAUUCGUGCAGAAAGAGCGUGGAUACUACCUUUGUGCUCGAUCGUUGGAUGUUGAGAUUUCUCGUGGAGUUUGCUAAGCCAAUGGAACAGAAGGGGGUCGAUGACCAAAAUAUCCCCCUGACCCUUAACACGUUAGACUUUGUAUGAAAUUUCCUAAACAGUGGAAAGUUAAAAGGAUAGCAAACAUGAACAAAUUUUAGUCAACUAAAUUUAUUACACC